GUUGAUGAACAAAAAAUACUUUCUCUUUCUCAAAAAACAUCUUUAAGAAAUCCUACUUAAACAUUUAAAUGGUAGUGUUUAUGAGAAAUUGUAACUUAAUUCAAAAUCGAUCAUUAAGAAAACAACUAUUCAGCACGUCCCUUGAAUUCACAGACAAAAAUGUGCAUUUUUAAUUGAACCAUUCAGCAGACACUUUUACCCAAAGCGAUUUACACAUGAGGCACAACCAAUUUCUCACAAGUGCCAACAAUAUUAAUAGAACACAAUGCCAAGUUUAAAGUAUCAGAUAGAUAAGUAUACAAACUAGAUUAGCACAUGGACGUAUCCACUAUCUGUGGCGUAUUUUUAAAAGCGUGGAACCCAUCCUAUCAUGUACGGUGGCAAUCUGAAAAGAGUGCAAUCUGCCGACGCUAUCAAGAGCAGGACGAGUGCCGUCUCUCCAGCCGUUUCUAAAUGGACUCUAAAGACAAGCGACAGCACCAUGUGACCAAAGUGAAGUGGACAGCACAGUCCUUAUCUCUGAAGGAGAAAGGGAUGGCUGGGAGCAGUGAUGGCACCUUCGCUCUCUGGCCAGAGCUGUAACAUGAAAACGGCCGUCCUUUCUGGCAACAGGGCUAAAGUGGAUCUAUUUCAGGUGCUGUACUUCAGGAGGCCAGUGCGUAGAGACAUGACAGAAUGGACGCUGCUCAAGCGGCUGCUGGACGCUGUGCACCAGCACUCAACCAUGAUUGGACGCCUCUGGCUCACGGUCAUGGUGAUUUUCCGCCUGCUCAUCGUGGCCGUGGCCACUGAGGACGUCUACACGGACGAGCAGGAGAUGUUUGUAUGUAACACCCUUCAACCGGGAUGUCCCAACGUCUGCUACGAUGCCUUCGCCCCAAUCUCGCAGCCUCGGUUCUGGGUCUUCCAGAUCAUCACCGUGUCUACGCCUUCGCUUUGCUUCAUCAUCUACACCUGGCACAACUUGUCCAAGCAGUCGGAGGGCGAGCAGUCGAGGGAGGCAUAUGAUCGCAGUUGCGACUCGGACAGUUGCGACAUCAAGUCGCACAAACAUCUUGGACACAGUCUUGCUGACGUCCUCGAGGGCAUCGCCAACCAAAGCACCCCAGCGUUGCAGGAAACCAGGGUUCCUAUCAAAAGCUCCUUAGGUGUCCUUUCCAAGUACUACGUCUUCCACGUGUGCUUUCGUGCCGUUUUGGAAGUCGGUUUCGUAGUGGCUCAAUGGCUUCUCUUCGGUUUCCGCGUUCCCGCUCACUUUGUAUGCACGGCUACACCAUGCACGCAGAAGGUCGACUGCUACGUCUCACGUCCCACCGAGAAAACCAUCUUCCUGAUCUUCAUGUUUUGUGUAGGCAUCUUCUGCAUCUUCCUCAACUUCCUAGAGCUCAAUCAUCUGGGCUGGAAGAUGAUCAAGAAGUCGCUGCUCAUCAAGGACGGCUCCUGGAGGGGAUACGGCGCUAUAAAUCAAGACUCACAGUCGAUAGUCUCGCUAACCUUCAGAGACGUGACCAGCACUACUUCUCUACCUACCCUAGAUCUAGUCGUGGACCACCAACCUGACUGGAACUGUGCUGGGAACUGCUCAACGAAGAAAGACAAGGACACCUGCAAAGGAACACAAUCGCUCAAGGGUAAAUCGCAACCAAACAAAGGAAGAAAAUCGAAGCAAAGGAGCAGUGAGGUUUGGAUAUAAACUCAAUUAUGGACAAUUCAAAGAGUCUUAAAUUUGAUUUCAAUGCUAUUUUGUUAGUAGGUUUUUGAAGGCAGCUGCAACUCGUUUUUGUUUGGAUGAGCUUAAGAAAUAAAAUGUUAAAUCAGUCAUGACAUGGAAUCAACAUUUCCACGUUGUUUAUUUAUGCAAUAUACACUCUAAUAAAAUGCUAGGUUGUUUCAAACCAACUUUGGGUCAAAUAUGGACUAGCCCAACAGUUUUUUUACAUUCAAUUUUUAACCCAAAAUUUGGCUUAGUCCAUAUUUGACCCAAAGUUGGGUUGAAACAACCCAGCAUUUUUUUUUUUUUGAGUGUAACGUGUAUAAUAAUAUAUUCAUUUACAACAUCUAUAAACCACUUUGUGUACAAAUUGUGCCAGAGAGCAAAAAGAAAACAAUUCAAAGCAUUUCCUUUCUCUUAGUGAUGUACUGUAGUGAAGAACAUUCUAGUAGAAGUUUUGUAAGGUCACUAAAAUUGGUAUAGGGGUCAGUAAUAGUGUUUGGAAGUAAAGCGCCAUUCUACAUCUGAAGUCCAAGAUCCAGAUCAUUGGGGUGCCACAUUUGAAUGUUCAAAGGUUUCGGGUUUUAAAUGUUUUUGAUGAUUUGAUCAGAAAUACAGUCAAAACUACAUGUUUUUUACCCAAACAAUGGAAGUUGGAGUGUUGGGUAAAUGUUUCUAAACAAAUUAUUAUAAUAAUAGGGCUGGAUAAAAGUAUUUACUAAUACAAAAUCUAUAGCAAUUUUUUAAAUUCGAUUGAUCUUUUUACUCUGUGCCAAUGUUUCCUGCACUUAUUAACAGCAACUGCAAAAUGUACAGCAAAACAAGUUGAAUAGUUGAUAGUUUGAACUGCAUGGCUUGGACCUGAUGAUUAUUAAUAAAAUAAGUUGGAAGCUUACCUAUAUAACCUAUAUAAUCUGAAAGUGAAUUUCUUUCACCACUGACAUUUCCUUCAGAAAAUGCAAAAAUAUAGCACAUUUGGCAACUAAGCGUGGUGCUGUUAGGGGCAAAGGUUUUUUAGGCAUCAUUUGUAAAAACAGCUUUUUCUUUUUUUCCCUUUUUGCUCUCAGACUGCUUAAUUAGGCCAGAAAAAAUAAAAUAAUAAUACAACAAAAGAAGAUUUGAAAUGGUUGAUGGCAGUAUCUGUCCAAUACAGAAACAAAAACAGUCAUUCAAAGUUCAAUUUUCAUGCACACAAACAUACUGCUCAGAAUAACAAAAAUAAAGUUCAAGAUUACUGGAACGCAGUCUCUUUUGUUGGGAUAAACACAGUUCAAACAAAAUUGGUCCAGAUUUGAAAGAUGACGACAAGCACAGGACCAUUCGGCUAGAGAAUGUUUCAUUAACAUCUGCCAAUUAAAAAUGUCCUUCAGAGGAUGACAUCUGUCAAACAAACAACACAGGCAAGCAAAAAUGUAUUGUUACAUACAGUACGAAGUUGUGAAUCAUAUUAAUAUAUAUUUAUAUAUAUAUUUAUAUACUUUUUAGCAGUCCAUAAGAUAAGAAUGAAAAAAACGUGUAUUUCUCAGGCAUGGCAGAAAGAGAUACAGUAGAAAGUGCAAUGUCCUAAAAAAAAAAAAAAAAAA